AGGAUGAAGGGAAUGAAAUCGAGAAAGACCAGAAGAACAAGACACAGCAUGUCUGCCUGCCGGAGCUGAACUGGAAGUUUUUGCCUUGUUUAUACCAUCGUGACUUUUCCCCAUUCCUUCACAUAUGACUCUCAGACUGAACAGAAGAGUCUUUAGUUGCUGAAUUAUUUUAAAUUCAAGAUAAGUCGCUCCAACCUGGUCCACAAUGAGCGCGUCAGCAGGGACUGGAGUGUUUAUUCUCUCCCUCAUGUCCAUCCCCAUCUGCUUUUUAUUUAAUUCACUCAUUUACAGCAACAGCUUUGAAGCUUUCUUCUUUGCUGGGUGUUCUGCAGUCCUCAUCCUGGCAAUUGCUGCCCGUUUUAUGCUCAAGAGGAAGGCUCCAGUAGAUCCUCUUUUCUAUGUGUUUGCAGUGCAUGCAUUCCUCAGUGUGGUGAAUCUGAUCAUCGGGCUGGAGCAGGACAACAUCAUUGAUGGAUUUGUCACAUUUUACCUCAGAGAGGCAGAUCCACAUAUUAACACAGCACAUGGGCACAUGAUCUCCUUUUGGGAUGGCUGUGUGCACUAUCUCAUGUAUCUGCUCAUGAUCGCUGCGAUUACUUGGGGGGACAAUUACCGAGCCAUUGGACUGUACUGGGUGGGAUCUUUUCUCAUGCGUGCCAUAGUCUACAUUCUUGGGAAUGCUGUGGGGAAAUAUGGGACCCAAGUUAGUCCUCUCUUCCUCCUCCACAUGUUGUAUAUCUCAGUGACUGUCUGGGCCUGCUUCCGCGUCUUCAGCCAGCCCUCCACUCAGGACGUUCAGUGGACAAGCAUCCAGGAGGCUGAAAGAAAAGGUUUACUCCACAGACCACUUGACUUACUGUUCAUCAUCUACCUCAUCCCUGCUUUUGCUUUCUGUGUCUUCAGAGGCCUGGUGGUUCUGGACUGUUCCAGUCAAUGGUGUCAAAGCUACUCUCAACACUAUGAGCCUUACCUGAAAGACCCUUCAGCCUAUCCUAAAGUCCAGAUGCUGGUGGGCAUGCUGUACUCUGGACCGUACUAUAUCAUUACUCUCUAUGGGCUGAUGGUCCCAGGAUGUGAGUGGAUGCCAGACCUGACUCUGCUACACUCUGGAGCACUGGCACAGGCCCAGUUCACUCAUAUCGGUGCGUCACUUCACACACGGACGCCGUUCUCCUACAGAGUGCCUGCUGGCGGCCAGCCUCUCUUCUUGCUGGUCAAUAUCUUGUACACGGUGGUGCCUCAGGCUCUGUGCUACCGCUGCUGCACCAGGCCGGCCUUCUUCCUCAGGCCAAUGGCAGAUAAGAAGACUGAAUGACAGGAAGUGUCAUGGAGAGAGAGAGAGAGAGAGAGAGAGAGAGAGAGUGAGAGUGCCAGGGAUGUCAAGGAUGCCUGAAUAAAAGGCUGAAGUACUUGCAAAGCACCACUCUGUGUUUGCGGUUAUCAGCUGUUGCUAUUUUUGGAGAGGGAGCU